AUGACUACUUUGGAACAACAAGCGGAUACUACCGCCGCUCCUGCACUCACGGACAUGAACGUGCCGACUUUACCCCAACAGCAGGCAAACAAAGAUGAAUACCUCGUAAAAACCAUCAUGUGGAAAAACAAGGCGAUUCAAAUUAUAACGCAAAAUGAAAACGGGCCUUGUCCUUUGGUUGCCAUCUGCAACGUAUUGUUUCUACGGGGCGAUUUGGAGAUUCGACCUCCAGGCCGUGAAAAGGUUACGUUUGAAUAUCUCGUCGAUCGGUUGGCGAAUUUCCUUUUGGAGCAGGAUCCCUUCACUUCAGUGCCCUCCAAAAAGAAUAGAGCAACGACAGCAGAAGAGAAGACGAUACGGUCUGGAAAAGAAAAAGAAAAAGAUGGAGACGGAGAAGAAUGCACCCAAGAGGAUACAAGAAACGACGGCGACGAUAAAGAGAGGCCAGCAGCAGGCACCCCGACGGAGAGUCAGCAAGACCUCCUGCUAAGUUAUCGACAUAACUUGGAUGAUGUCUUGUCUAUUUUACCUCGCUUGAAAGCUGGUUUGGACGUGAAUAUCCAAUUCAGCCAUUCCAUUCGGGGCUUUGAGCCUACUGCUGAGCUGGCCAUGUUUGAUCUUUUCCACGUGGAUCUUGUGCAUGGCUGGCUCGUAGAUCCUGAUAUACAAGACAAAGAAACGUACGAUAUUGUAGUGAACCAAUGUAAAACAUAUAAUAAUUUGGUUGAAUACAUUGUAGAAACAACAGGAACCACCACAGGAACAGCCGUAGCAUCAGGCCCUGAUGCGGCCGCGGAGGAAGAAAAGUUACAUCAAGGUUUCCUAGCGAACGAAUUUUUGAAUGAAACGGCCACACAAUUGACCUACUAUGGACUAAGCCUUUUGAUUGACUCGAUACCCGAAAACUCGUUAUGCGUUUUAUUCCGAAAUAACCAUUUCUCGACUAUUUAUAGACACUCCACAUUGGGUCUUUGUAUGUUGGUCACAGACUCUAGUUUAGUGAACGAAAGAUCGAUUGUUUGGGAGAGUUUGAAUGAUAUCGAUCAAGGCUCUUCUGAAUUUUUUGAUGGAUACUUUCGCAAAUCCAAUGGGGCGCCGCCCGAUGUGGAACAAGAAGAAGAAGACCUAAACUAUGCUAUAGCUUUGUCGUUAGAACAGCAGCAACAAGAGCAACAAUUUCGAAAACUUCAAAUACAAGAUGAACAGCAGCCGCAGCAGCACGUUGCUCGUCAUGAAAACAGCUUAUCAGCACAAAGUGGGACAUCAAAUGAUCGAAGGGACACGCGUAGAUCGUCUGCUAUUGCCGCUAAGAAAAAGCACAGCAGGAACAGCCAAGCUUUGACAAUGAAACCAAGCGCUGCUCUCAUGCCUUCCGAGGAAAAGAAUAGAAAACCAAAUACUGCCGACCUUACAUCCACCGCCGUUGCGUCUGAUGCUGAUAGAAAAAGCAUGAAUAAAGCCAAGGGUAAAUGUAUGAUUAUGUGA